UGGCAUAUUUUAACGUGGUAUUUGGGUAACACUAUACAUGUCCACAAACAGUUAUUUGGGUUGUCGAUUAUUGAUUGGGAAAUAUAUAAAGAAUGGUUUUUUUUUUUCUUUCAAAAAGUUAAAUAAUGGGAUAAAACUGUACAAGGUUACAUGGACUAUGGAGCUAGUUUGUAUAAUGGUCCAACUUGGCCAAAAGCCCAUCACAACAAAAUCUACUUAGGUCACGACAGCGAAAUAGCAGAAAGAGAGAGGAAUGGCGGCUAAUUGGAGGAGUUGUGGCAAUCGGAUGCUGUAUUCCCACCGUUCCAUGCAGAAAAUAUGGUGUAAUUGUUCUAACCCGGCGAGUUUUCACAACUCCAGUACCGGUGGUGGUAGUGGGUUGCUCCUUGGAGGCGGAUGCUUCAAAAAAGCUGCGAUGUUUUUGCCAAUCCGGCGUUUUUCUUCUUCUUCUCCACCUGUAAGUCCUCGAUCACUGUCUUCAUCACCAUUGCUCAUGGUACCUCCCGGUGUUAAUGUUGUCGAUCACCACAAUUCGGAGUCCAGCAACAAGAACAAUGAGGACUAUUUUCAUUUCUUCAGCCUUUCGGAGCAGAGUCAAUUUAGGGUUCGAAGGACUCUGAGUGUACCAUGGCAGAGGGAGCUUCUUAUGCCGAAUGGCGCAUUUUGUGUGGGCUCUUCUCAUGGCUGGCUGGUCUUUAACCAACCUCACAAUUGUCAUCCUUAUCUCUAUAAUCCAUUAAUAGACUCUCCUCAUUUCCCCUACAUUCCCCUCCCUUCAAUCGAAACCAUCCCCUCCGUUCUCGGCUUUCGCUCCCUCAAAUCUGAUCACUCCUCCCCUUCCCCUUCUCUCAUCACACAGUUCAUCAACUUAAUACACGAAGACUGCAAUUCCGAGGAGUACACAUACGAGGAAAAGAUGUCCCCGGAACGCGCCUGUCGUUACUUCGUACAAAGGCUUGUUAUGUCAUCAGCCCCAACGGUCCCCUGUUAUUCUUCAUCACUAUCAAAACCACAAAUUGACGGGAACUGCACUAUAAUGGCCAUCCACAGCGGAGGUGAUGAAAUUGGCUUCUGCAAACCAGGGGACGAGAGGUGGACUAUGUUGGACGUUUCGGGCCCAAUGUAUGCUGACAUUAUAUAUUGCAGCAAGGACCAGCGAUUUUUUGCCCUCAGAUUCGAUUUUAGCAUAGAAGCUUGGGACCUCAGAGACCCUUCUCGUCCCCAAAAGCAAUUUUUUCAUAGCCCUGACUUUUGUGAGGGGAAGAUUUGGAAAAAAAUUAGGGAAUCUUAUAUUUGGGAUCCGAGAAUUUAUUUAGUUGAAUCCUGUGGGGAUAUUUUGCUGCUUUGCAGGUUUAUAGCUCUAAGUCGAAUAGUGGAAGUAGAGAAUAAGAUUAAUGAUGAUGAAUGGGAAAAUUAUUUCAUUCACGAUGAUGAUGCUUAUUGGACUAUGGGAUUUGAUGUUCAUAAGUUUGAUUCCGAUAACAAUAAGUGGGAACGCGUGGAAUGCUUAGGUGAUCGGGCUAUGUUUGUGGGUUAUAAUAAUUCCUUUUCUCUCUCAACUCGUGAUUAUCCGGAGCUGGUGGGGAAUUCUAUCUAUUUUGCAGACGAUAACUUAAACGGAUUUAACAACACAUAUGGUGGCCAUGACAAUGGCGUCUUUAGCCUUGAAGAUAACCGCAUAAAACCUUAUUAUCCAAGCAGGGAGAAGGUCAUUGGCCCACACCCAGUUUGGGUUGCCCCUAACACACUGUAGGUUCUUCCCUAACAGACAGCUAGCUAGCUCCUUUUGGAGGUUUCCCUUUCAUCUAGGUAAGUUUGUUGUUUCUCUUUCAUUAUGGAUGGCAGGAGCAAGGCUUUGAUGUUUAAAGCACUUGAUCUUGAUUAUAUAUGCAAUUGUCUAAUAGGGUAGAUUUUGGUGCUUAGAAAGGUGUUUUUGCUUCUAAUUCUCAUUGGCUAGUGUUUAUUAGUGUAUGUCUGGUCGCCAUUUAAUGUGGGCACAUAGUUAAAAUUCAUGCAUUAUUGGUAAGGAGAUAUGAUUAAAUGCGCUUUGUUCAUCAUGAUUUCAGUUUGUCACUGUAUUGUUCGAGUGUAUUGAAGAUUUAACUCGAUAAGUUGCUACACAUUGUUUCAUUUAUUUGUAUUAUAGUUUGGAACUCCUGGGUAGGAAUUUAAGCCGAAUAUAUAAAUUCCAAUUUUUUUCUUUUUUCUUUUUUGGUAUUAUAAAAACUCCCUAAUUUGACCUUUGACUACAAUAUUAUUGCUAUUAAUUCUAAAAUAAGGAAGUUUAGUACUUGGACUCUAUUUGAUAACUUUAUUCAAACCACUAAUUUCAAAUUGUUAUGUUUUUACUCUGACUACAAUAUAUGUUCACUAAUUUCAAAUUGGGCCAAAGGUUAUAUAUCCAAAAGGCUAAAAGAGCCUCGGCUGGC